CUCCUCAGAGAGUUUGAUGUUGAAGUUUGGGUAGCGCUCGGGCUGGGUUCCGGCUGGUACAGGAGGGUAAGGCGGGAGCCCGGGCGUCAGGGCCUGCGGACGAUGUGUGUGUGAAAGGGCGCGUCAGCCAUAAGAAGCCAUACGUGUGCGAGCCGGUCCCCACUGCCCCCGCGGCGUUGUCACCAUCAUCAUGAGGCCACUGGAGCAGCCUCGGGCGCUGCUGACGGGGAUCCGGGCGCAGGGUGCGUCGGGCUCUGCAGGUUAGCACUCACACCCAGCGCGCAGGAUGGCAGGCAAGUGCGUCCUGAAUCCUGCCCGCGGGCACCCGACACCGCGUCUGUGAGUUCCCGGCCCGGCAUUGCUGCAUUACCUGUACGUGGGCAGAACUCUUGACCGCCACCCACAGGAACCUCAAUUACAUUGGCAUAAGCACAAAAACGCAACUGGUGGUUCCACAUAACUGAAAAUAUCAGAAGUAGGCCUUCAGGCAUGGAUGUGUCCAGGAAUAGCACAUUUCAAACCUACAAGAAAGAAGUGUGCCUCCCAGGUCAUUCGAUGCACCCUGGCCCCUGGGCCAUCUGCUGUGAGUGCCAGACCAGAUUCGGGGGCCGCCUACCUGUGCCCAGGGUGGAAGCAGCACUGCCUUACUGGGUCCCUCUGUCCCUGAGACCCCGAAAGCAGAGUCAAAAGAUGGUUCAGUUUUAUAUCCCCCAAACCACCAAGAUGUGCCCCUGCCUAUGCCAUCGCUUUGGGGGCCGCCUCCCGAUGCCUAGGGACCAGGCAGUGAUGCCCUACUGGGUGCCCCAGGUUCUGAGGUCUCAGCAGCAGAUGGUCAGGAGGCAGGAGAGUUUGAAAGGCAUCCAAGCACCCCCGCUGGAUGCAUGCUCCUGGCACAACUGCUGGCAGAUCUGCGGUGAUGAGCGCCUGCUGCCCAAGUGCCAGCAGCUCCGGGCCCCCGACCAGGACGAGCUACCGGCUCCCGCAGUGUGUCUGCUGCGCCUUGCCCUCCUGACCCUCCUCCGGGCCAUCCCGAGGGUCAUUGUGGCCAUUCGCCAGUUUUUUGGGGUUUGAAGUUGGAAUCUUCAGCUACUGUCAAGAAUAUCACAAAAAUAUGUCACAAUCAAGAUCUUUAACGAGAGUCCUCCAAUCAGGAGGCGUCUGUGACAGCCGCUGUUUUCUCAUAGAACAGAAUCCACACCCGGGACUCAACCCAAAUUAUUUCUCAUCAGGUGAUUCUUGGUUGUAGCGAAGUUCAUAUGAAUGUGGGUGAGAUUCUGUUAUGAAUGUGGUCAAUAAAUGUUAUUCGUGAAACUCUAAA